GCCUACAUCACUCCACCUAUCCUCAGCGGCAGAGAGCAGAACCAGCCCAACCAUGAGCCAUUCUUCAGUGCAUACCUCCUACAGGCGCACCUUUGGAAGCCCACACUCCAUUUCGUUGUCCUCUUACACCCCCGUGUCCUCUCGAAUGCCUGUUUCUUCGGGACGCUACAUGCGUUCGAUGUCACCUGUGGUGACAUCCCGAUCCACCGCCUUCCACCAACAGCGUUCCCGCCCUAGCCCCCAGCCCCCUCGCCUCUCCUAUGACAAGGUGGACUUCACUCUGGCCGAAGCCAUCAACCAGGAGUUCCUCACCACCCGCAGCAAUGAGAAGGCCGAGCUGCAGGAGCUCAACGACCGCUUUGCCAGCUUCAUUGAGAAGGUGCGAUACCUGGAACAGCAGAAUGGUGCAUUGCAGCAGGAGCUCAACCAGUUCAAGGGCCAGCAGCAGCACGGGCAGCCCAACCGUGCAUCUGAGCUCUUCCAGGAGGAGCUGAGGGAGCUGCGGCGCCAGAUGGAUGCUAUCGGCAAAGAGAGGGACCAAUACCAGCUGGAGAGGGAUAACCUGGCAGAAGACUUGACCCUACUCAAGCAAAGGUUGGAUGAAGAAGCCCAGAAGAGGGCAGAUGCUGAGAAUAACCUAGCUGCCUUCCGCAAGGAUGUGGAUGAUGCCACACUGUCUCGUCUGGAGUUGGAGAGGAAGAUUGAGUCUCUGAUGGAUGAGAUUGAAUUCCUAAAGAAAAUCCACGAUGAGGAAAUCCAGGAUGUACAAGUGAGCGUCCAGACCCAGCAGCUGAAGAUGGAGGUGGACAGCAGCUCCAGGCCUGAUCUAACUGGUGCUCUGAGGGAAAUCAGAGCCCAAUAUGAAACCAUUGCCUUAAAGAAUAUGCAAGAAUCUGAGGAAUGGUACAAGUCCAAGUUUGCUGAUCUGACUGAGUCUGCAAAGCGCAACAAUGAUGCUCUGAGGCAGGCCAAGCAGGAGGCCAAUGAGUCCAGGAGGCAGAUUCAGUCUCUUAACUGUGAAAUUGAUGCACUGAAGAACACGAAUGAAGCUCUGCUGAGGCAGAUGCGUGAAAUAGAGGACCAAUUUGGCAAUGAGGCAGCCAACUACCAAGAUAAUAUAGGCAGGCUGGAGGAUGAGAUCCGCCACCUGAAGGAGGAAAUGGCUCGCCACCUUCGCGAGUACCAGGAUCUCCUCAAUGUCAAGAUGGCUCUGGACAUUGAGAUUGCCACUUACCGCAAACUGCUGGAGGGGGAGGAGAGCAGGAUUUCUGUUCCCAUCCUCAAUAUUGGCAUGAGCAAUCACCUUGGAGACUAUGAAAAAGCUCCGGAUAGCAUGGGCAAGAGGACUGUCGUGAUAAAGACAGUGGAGACUAGAGAUGGCGAGGUGCUGAAGGAAUCCAGGAGGGAGAAAGAUAGAGAUUCUGGUGCAAUUGACAAGGAUGACAUGGAUGAGUAGACAGAAACUCAUUACAUAAUAUGAAGGCCAGUGCCAUGAUAGAAACAAAACUGAAAAUGUUGAUGAAAAAUAGAAAAACAAACUCCGAUCUGUACACUGUAGUUCUCGUUCUCACUAGUUAAGAGUUUCACUGUUUAGCAAAUUGUCUCUCAGCAUAGGUGCAACCAUGGAUGGAUUCCUUUAGACAGUGUCAAUCUGGUGCUAUUUAAACCACCCAACUUUUUGCUAAACACUUUUGCUUUCUGUAGCAGUAAAAACCCCUUUAUAAACGAACCACAGAGGCCUUGGUUUACAGUGCAAUCCUAAGAUGAUCUCACAUUUGUAGCAGAGUAUUAAACCACACCCUAAACUACGUCAUUUAUGUACAGCAUUUUAGUUGUUUGUGUUAUAUAAAUCUCUCUCUCUAUAUAUGAAUGCCUUACUAACAAACUGCUUGACACUGCCCUUUGGCCAACAAACCUUAAAAACCGACUGAGAACAAAUCAAGAUGUCUGCAUUUGUUUUAGAAGCUUUGCUGUCCUCUUACUGUGCAAAUCACCAUUCACCAAAGACAUGGAUUAUUAGUAAAUACAAUAGGAAAUUCUGACAGUGAAAAUAUGAAACUUUACUGAUUUUGCUUUGCAAUGCCGUGUGUAUCUGGCACAACCGAGGAAAAAACAUGUAUGUGAGAAUAAAAGUCAUCCGUGAAAAUAAACGCCAUCCAUGCAAAUCAGUGUUGUUGUUGUGUGUCCAUGAAUGUAAUCUUUCCAUAACCUGCACUUUGCAAUUUUCACGUGUGAAGUGGGUUGCAUAAUAAAAUUAGAGGAUAGAUGCAAACGAUCGAUCCUAUUACGCUAGUAGUUCCGAUACCAAUAUUUGGCAUCCAUGAUAUCGAUAUGUGGAUCGAUCUGGCUACUUGUACUGGUGAAUCGGGUAGUAAGAGAGCUGAGGUGUAGCUGGGAGCAAGACCACAAAGUACCCAACUUAAAAAGGCGCUACCUGAAAGGCAAAAAUCAGGG